AUGGCGGAUCGCCAAACGCCUUCCCAGGAUCUCGACGAUGCUGAUCUUGUGAACUUUGCGUCUUCUUUACUGGACGUUGCCGAUGGGGACUCGGAGCUUCCAGAAGCAACAUUGGAUGCUGCUACUCUAGAUGCCGUCCAUGCAGCCAUUGAUGCUCGUCUUGAGCUUGAUGCAGACAUGAUUUCAACCGAUACUUUAUCACUUGAGCUACCAAUAGAGCCACCUCUAGAGCCAAUAGUAGAGCCAACAUUAUCCAUCAGCAGUUUGAAAGACCCAAUGAUAAGUGACCUUGAAUAUAGCGUUGAUGAUAGUAGUAACAACAAAGAUGUCGUACGAAUUCUCAUGUGGUUCCGACGUGAUCUUCGUCUUCACGAUAAUCUCGCGCUCACUGAAGCAUUAGAACUGGUGAAACAACAGCAAGAAAAGGUGAUAAAGGAGGUUUUGGCAUGCCAAGUGGUCUUUAUCCCGCUUUACAUUGUGCAUCGUCCCAAAAUCAUGUUAUGCGGUGUAAAUCGCUUUCAAUUUAUGCUCGAGAGCGUAUCGGACUUGGCCGACGCAUUGGCGGCUCGUGGAUCGCGUCUUGUGGUUGCUCGAGGAGACGGCUUACAAGUAUUACGGAGAUUGUUACCAGCCUGGCGCAUCACGCACCUGUUCUUUGACGCAGCAAGUGAACCUUUUGCUAUUGACCGAGACAAACGUGCAGUGGCUUUGGCGAUACGACUGGGUAUCAAAACACAAGUCACGCACGGAUACACGCUUUACGACUUGAAUAACGUUAUUGCAGAGAACGGAGGAGAGCCACCUAAAACGUACACGGCUUUUCUGCGGGCAUUGGCCAUGCAGCCAAUGCCUCCAAAGCCUCUACCGACGCCGGAACAAGUACCUGCUCCUGCUUUCUUGCCAAGCGAAUUGUAUCAGCAAGUUGUGGACUACGAGACGAAUCGUGUCAAGUCGGACAGAGACGUGCUGCAGUCAGACGCGAAGGAGGAAAAGGCGGAAGACGAAGAAGAGAUAGACGACUCCAAAGACAUAGCAAAGUACCUUAAAGAAAUUGCGGGCUCUGAGCAGCAGUUUACAAUCCCCGAGGUGACGGAAUUUGGCUACGAUGUACCCGAGCGGCACCCAUUUAUCUACGGCGGUGAGCAAAUAGCGCUGAGCAUUCUCCGUACUUACUGUCGUAAUGAAGGUCGUGUGGUUAAGUUCGAGAAGCCUAAGACGUCUCCAGCACAGACGACACCUUCUGCGUCGACAACAUCGCUAAGUCCGUUCUUAUAUUUUGGUUGCAUCAGUCCACGAACAUUCUUGCACCACGUACGAGGCAUUCAAAAACACCACGCCAAGGCAAUAUCAGCUACACCUGUGAGCUUGGACGGCCAGCUUCUUUGGCGUGAAUUCUUUCAUUGCCACGGUCUUGCCAAUCGAUAUUUUGACAAAAUGGAGGAAAGCUCUACAUGCUUGCAAAUUGACUGGAGAUGGCACAAAAUUCCAGAAAAGGAAGAAGAUAUGACUGAUGACGACAAGCUUGCGCGCUCACAAUUUAAGGCAUGGACAGAUGGCCAGACUGGUUUCCCUUGGAUCGACGCCAUCAUGAUCCAGCUAAAGGAAGAAGGUUGGAUGCAUCAUCUAGCGCGUCACUCGGUUGCAUGCUUUCUUACUCGUGGCGAUUUAUAUAUUUCUUGGGUCCGUGGACUUGAAGUUUUCCAAGAACGUCUUAUCGAUCACGACUGGAGUAUCAACGCUGGCAACUGGCUUUGGCUUAGCAGUAGCUAUUUUUUCACAGCCUACUUCCGGGUAUACUCCCCGUCAACGUUUGGAAAGAAAUGGGACCCCGACGGUCUAUUUAUCCGCAAAUACGUGCCGGCACUGAGCAAGAUGCCAGUAAAGUAUAUUUAUGAACCUUGGAAAGCACCCAUGACUGUCCAACACGCUGCAGGCUGCCUUAUUGGAAAAGAAUACCCGUUUCCCAUUGUGGAUCAUAAAAUCGCAAUGCGUCGGUGCAUGGCGGGCAUGAAAAAGUCAUAUGCCAUCGGCGAGUACGGAAGGCCACCGGUUGAACGGCCGCUCGCUAGCCCCACCAACAAACGCGCACGUGAAAACUCGUUGAGCUCGUCGGAGACAUCUGAUGAUUCCACGCUGUAA